UAGAUCAACUGGCCACGAGGCUCAGCCCCCACCCCUUCCUCCCUCCUCUGUCCUGAGUCACCUUCUGGGACUUGGGAGUCGAGCACCAUGGGGACUCCAAAUGACCAGGCAGUGUUGCAGGCCAUCUUCAACCCUGACACCCCAUUUGGAGACCUUGUUGGGUUGGACGUAGGAGAAGAAGUGGAGAAGGCAGAAGUAGAUGAAGAUGGCGUUUUCCCAAGAGCACAGCUGGAGCAGGCCAAGGCCCUGGAGCUGCAGGGGGUAAUGGCCGCCGAGGCUGGUGACCUCAGCACAGCCGUGGAGAGGUUUGGCCAAGCCAUCAACUUGCUGCCGGAGAGGGCCUCUGCCUACAACAACCGGGCCCAGGCCCGCCGACUCCAAGGAGAUGUGGCAGGCGCCCUGGAGGACCUGGAGCGCGCCGUGACGCUGAGCGGCGGCCGGGGCCGCGCCGCCCGCCAGGGCUUCGUGCAGCGCGGGCUCCUGGCGCGGCUGCAGGGCCGGGACGACGACGCCCGCAGGGACUUCGAGCGAGCGGCGCGGCUGGGCAGCUCGUUCCGCGCGUCCCGGGAGGGUGGAAAGCGGGCGUGGGGAGACAGAUGGCAGGAGGAAGGGGCGAGGGAGAGACGGGCGGGGGGACGGUCCCUGUUGGGGAGGGGCAUUGCGCCGCGAGUCUGCGUGUGCGCGUGCGCGCGCGUGGGUCGGGUCCGGUGCGGGCUGCGCGGGUGCGAGCGGUCUCUGCGCCUGCGGGCCGACGCCAGUUUGUCCCCGGGAGGCGGCGCCGCGUUCUGCGCCCGCACGGUGCGCGCUUGUGUGCAGGGCUGCGCUCAGGCCUUCGCGCUGGGCGUCCUUGCCUUCGCCGCUGCGGCCUAG